UCAUACUAAAUGACAGCUCCCUAACUUUCUCCAUAGCUUCCUCGUCUCCUCAUCCCUCUCCUCCAAACACAUUUUCUCACUUUCCAAUCUGUCUUCCUUACACGAAAAUGGAAACCCAGACUUUCCAAAACAACAACAUCAAAUCUAAUAUACCUGAAUUGCCUGCAUUGGUUGCCUCAGCUUCACCACCUUCAUCUUGUUCCAAUUCCCCUGCUCAUGAAUUCUCCUUCACCAUAUCGUUCCACCAGCAGAAUCCAUUAAUCGCGAAAAAUAGUACAAAGUCUUUGAUGAAUUCUCCUCCGGGGGCAGCCGUUGAUCUUUCUCCAGCCGAUGACAUCUUUUUUCAUGGCCACUUGCUUCCUCUGCACCUCCUCUCCCACCUCCCGGUCUCCCCUCGUUCGUCCACAAACUCUCUGGACAGUUUCACUCUUCCAAUAACGGAGUUUUUCUUCGAUGAUCGCGAUCAGAUCAUUGAAGAAAACUUCACAAAUGAUGAUAUAGAGUACACCAACGUCUUUCAAGAAAUCAAUCAAGAACUCAAUGACACUGCUACUACUAAUGCUGCUGCAAUUAGUAGUGGCAGAGUCAAGUCCAAAUCUUUCUCUAUCUUUGGAGGGCGGAAAAAAGGAAGCGAAAGACAAGACCAAGAGCGACAAAAAAAGAAGCUAAAAUUAAAAUCCGAAGUGAGUGAUGUACUAAAGAAGUACAUGAAAAUGCUGAAACCCUUGCUGCCCUUUAGAGGAUCAAGAAAGUCGAUCAACAAGCCUUUUCAUAAUCAAUCAUAUUCGUUUCCAGGGAGCGUGAGUUCGAGGAAAAACCAAGAAGAGUUCAGAGGAAGGAGAGGGCUAUUUUCAGCCCCGGCUUCCAUGAGAGCAUCUCCAACGAACAGUGGACUUCUUGUAGCCACCGGAGCGGCUGGUUAUUCAACUAGUGACAGCACGAUGGAAGAGCUGCAAGCGGCAAUUCAAUCUGCGAUUACUCAUUGCAAAAAUUCCAUUGCCGUGCAAGAGAAAAUGAAGGGCCGAGAUGAUUGAUGUGGCUAUAUAUAUAUAUCCAUUAUGUAACAAUAGUAUAUACUGUAUGUACUUGUAUUUGUUGUUGUGCAAAGCCUUGCCAACCAUCCACUUAAAUCCAUAUUACUCUGCAGGGAAUUGAACCCGAGAUCGUGACCUAUACCUCCGGAGGGGGUGGAUGGUGUUGACAUAUUUUAGAGGAGAUUUUUGUGCUUAGAAAAUGUGAAUCAAAUAGAAGGAGAAACAACCAUUACGGGAUGAACAUCGAGUAUCCUGUUCAGGAGAAAUCAACUGUUUCUUGUUUAUUCAGGAGAAAUCAACUGUUUCUUGUUUGUGAACUGGAUUAGGAGGAUACAAUUGUUUGCUGUUUAUCAACUGUGUUAUUCCAAAGUUGGGUUCAUGUAAUGAAUCAAAGGGCGUGAGAGCAAGUCCAAGUAAUGUUGAAGUUAAAAUUUCUGCUGGUCGGGGAUAACUAGGAAAGAAAAGGGAAAAGAAAUAGGCAAUCAUGUUCCCUCCCUCCUAUUUUAGUAAUGGAUUUACCCGAUAUCUCGUAACUCAUUCC